ACCCUGCCUCAUUAGAAACACAGGGACAACGGGGUGCCUGGCUGGUGCAGUUGGGAGUGUGAGACUCUUGAUCUCAGGGUCGUGGGUUCGAAUCUCACGUUGGGUGUAGAGAUUACUAAAAAUAAACACACACAAACCCACAGUGACACUGCUGUAGGGGGACCCUGGGUUCCACCCAGGGGGAGAACCAGACAUUUCAACAGACACUACAAAAGCAGAUGAAAAGGAAGCCAAAGAAGCCCAACAGAGAUGGUCUUUCUCCUAAGUAGGGGCACCCUAGCCUCAGAUAGACACAGCAAAAAGGGCUCUGGGAGGCUGAAAAACAAGGUAGGACAGUCACAAGGCAGGAGGGAAGGGGAGGGACCAGCCCAGGAACCCAUGGGCGUGGCUCUGCCCUUCCCACCUCCGAGCCAUGGGGAGCCAGGGUCCCCGUGGACCGCCCCGGGUCCAGGCUCCCUACACGGUUCUGCUGCUGCCACUGGGAACAAGCUGCCGAGACUCAGGGGCCCGUAGCUUUUUCCUCUGGCUGCAGAGGAUGCAGGCUCUGGAGAGGGAGCAGGAUGCCCUGUGGCAGGGGCUGGAGCUGCUGGAGCAUGGCCAGGCCUGGUUUGAGGGCCAUCUGAGGGAGGCCCAACACGAACAGCUGCAUCUAGGGGCCCUCGGUGAGAAUUUUCUAACAGAUUUACACUCAAAGCCUCGUGGCCUCCAGUUAGCCCAGAUUCAAAAGGUGAACAUGUGUUUGCAGAAUCUGAUUCAGGAGAAACUCUCCCCAUAUCCCCUAAAUAAGGCUAGUUCCUGUGCUGCCCAAGACUGGAAGGGAAGGCCAAGGAAGCAGAACUUAGAGCAGCAACAGGAGUUGCUGAGGCAGAAGGGAGGCAUUUGGCCAAAAGGAGAGACCCCUCAGCUGGGCUGUCCCAAGAUGCAGAAGGGCCCAACCCGUGUGUAAAGCCUCCUCUGGGUUUCCUCAUUUGGUGAGGGGGAAGGCUGAGUCAGAACCCCCAGUCUCCUCAUUCUGCUUCUUGACUUAACAGAUAAAUGGCUCCAGGUGGUGGGUCGACUGAAGUCCCAACAUCUUGGUGUAAAGUUUCUUCUCUGCAACUGACAACUUCCAUUUCAUCUUCUUAUGCCCUCAUUCUCCCUUAUAUGAUAUGCUUAAAUGAUCUUUCUUUGAAAUCCCGCUCUAGAGAACACGUUUAUUGAAACUGUCCUUCAACUUUAAAUACAAAAAUAAAAUAGGGACUUCUUCAGAAUUUUAAAUAAGA